UGUCUCGCAAACACGUCAAAACAAAAUUCUAUUUUAAAAAAUACCCCACAACUUAAUGAAACGUUUAGGUUAGAAAGAGGCGUUCCUUUCCGGGGCGGGCGCUGCGUUGGCCGGCCUUUCCGCGCAUGCGCCGUCGAGAGCAGCUGCUGAGGCGACCGGCACGCGGCGGCGAGGGAAGGCAGCCCGGCUGGAAGGCAGGCAGGCAGGCAGCACCGGGACGGAAGAGAGCCGCCAUGGAGCCCGCCGGAGGCCGCCCGCAACCUCUCUUCAGCACCCCAGCCCUUGAGGAGCAACAUGGGGAAAGUGAUGAUCUGACAGACAGUGAAGAAAGUGUCUUCUCUGGGUUGGAGGAUUCUGGGAGCGACAGCAUCACAGAGGAAGAGGAGGAUGAUCAUGACAGUGGAGUUGAGGAGAAGUUGAAGGGCAUGGAUCACUCUGAAAAUGUGCAUGCUGGUGAGGUCUCAAAGAGGAAAGCACCAUCAUGCUAUAAGAGCAAGCAGACAGGAGCAGAACCACAGAAACCAUGUCUGGAGAAUGAAUAUGUGGAAGACAGCUCUGAUGAGGAGGACAUCCGCAACACAGUGGGCAACAUCCCCAUGGAGUGGUACCAGGAGUUCCCCCAUGUGGGUUACGACUUGGAUGGCAAGAAGAUCUACAAGCCCAUCCGCACCAAGGAUGAGCUGGACAAGUUCCUGGAGAAGAUGGAGAACCCCGACUAUUGGCGGACCAUCCAUGACAAAAUGACCGGGGUAGAUGUGAAGUUGACCGAUGAGCAGGUGGAGCUGGUGAACCGCCUGCAGAGGGGCCAGUUUGGAGAUGUGAAUUUCAAUCCUUAUGAGCCGGCUAUCGACUUCUUCAGUAGCCAGGUGAUGAUCCACCCGGUGACGAACCGCCCAGCUGACAAGCGGAGUUUCAUCCCAUCGCUCAUCGAAAAGGAGAAGGUCUCCAGGCUGGUCCAUGCCAUCAAGAUGGGCUGGAUCAAGCCACGCAAGCCCAGGGAGGACACGCCUGCCUUCUACGAUCUGUGGGCGCAAGAAGAUCCCAACUCCAUCCUGGGGCGGCACAAGAUGCACGUGCCUGCCCCCAAGCUCCCCCUGCCAGGCCACGAGGAGUCCUACAACCCACCCCCAGAGUAUCUUCCCACAGAGGAAGAGAAGCUGGCCUGGCAGCAGCAGGAGGCCUCGGAGCGCCGGCUGCCCUUCCUGCCCCAGCCCCACGACUGCCUGCGCCGGGUGCCGGCCUACCCCCGCUUCAUCCACGAGCGCUUCGAGCGCUGCCUGGACCUCUACCUGUGUCCGCGCCAGAGGAAGAUGCGGGUCAACGUGGAUCCCGAGGAGCUGAUUCCCAGACUGCCCAAGCCCCGCGACUUGCAGCCCUUCCCCACAGUGCAGGCCCUGGUCUACCGGGGCCACAGCAGCCUCGUGCGCUGCCUCAGCGUCUCCCCCAGUGGGCAGUGGCUGGUGUCAGGUUCCGAUGACGGCACCGUGAAGUUCUGGGAGGUCUGCACGGCGCGAUGCCUGAAGACCCUGCCGGUGGCUGGUGUGGUGAAGAGCGUCGCUUGGAACCCCAACCCCACCGUCUGCCUGGUGGCCCUCGCUGUGGAGCAGUCGGUGCUGCUGGUGAAUCCCGGCCUGGGGGACAAGCUGCUGUGCGGGGCCACUGACCAGCUGCUCGCAAGCUACGUGCCCCCCGAGGAGGCGCGGCCCCAGCCCGUCACGUGGGAAGAGGCCGCUGGAGAGGAGCACCGCCGGGGCGUGCGGCUCAUCGUCAGGCACGGCAAGCCCUUGAAGCAGGUGACGUGGCACGGGAAGGGGGACUACUUGGCCAGCGUGGUGUCGGACAACAGCCAUCUGCAGGUGCUGAUCCACCAGGCCAGCAAGCGCUGGAGCCAGGCGCCCUUCCGCCAGAGCAAGGGCCAGGUGCAGCGGGUCCUCUUCCACCCGCUGCGGCCCUUCUUCCUGGUGGCCACCCAGCGCUUUGUCCGCGUCUACAACCUCCUCAAGCAGGAGCUCACCAAGAAGCUGCUCACCAACUGCAAGUGGGUCUCCAGCAUGGCUCUGCACCCGGGAGGAGACAACCUGAUCUGCGGCAGCUACGACAGCAAGCUGGCCUGGUUCGACCUGGACUUGUCGACAAAGCCCUACCGGGUGCUGAGGCACCACAAGGCAGCGCUGCGGGCCGUGGCUUUCCACCCCCACUACCCGCUCUUUGCCUCUGGCUCCGACGACGGCAGCGUCAUCGUUUGCCACGGCAGGGUCUACAACGACCUGCUCCAGAACCCUCUGCUGGUGCCUGUCAAGGUGCUGAAGGGCCACGCGCUGACGCAGGAGCUGGGGGUCCUGGACGUCCUCUUCCACCCCAGCCAGCCCUGGCUCUUCUCUGCAGGAGCGGACGCCACCAUCCGCCUCUUCACGUAGCCAGCGGCUGCUUGGGCCCUCGUUGGCUUCUUGCCUCCCUCCCAGCUGCUCAGGCAGACCCUGUAACCUUUUUCUAGAAGCAAAUGGACUGGAGUCGACCUCCUUUGUGAUUAAACUGUUCAGCUCCAA